AUGCGACGCCGUGUUUGUUUCAUGCUAGAGCUAGGCCUACAUUUUAGUAGUGUUAUGAACUCAGUCAGUGGUUUGCGGUUUAGCAUCCCCAUACCUCACUGGGCGAUUCCCCUGUCGCUCACCCCUCCUUCUUUCCCCUUUCAGGCAGCGAGAGACAAGAAGUUUGGGCUUCACCCCCGGUGCCAGUCUCUGUCGCUUACCCAUCUGUGUUUCGCGGACGACUUAAUGGUGUUUGUAGAGGGUACUAAGGAAUCUGUUGAAGGGAUUCUUGACGUUUUUGAGAAAUUUGAAGUGUGGUCGGGUCUCUCCAUCAGUUUAGAGAAGUCCACUAUCUAUAUGGGAGGUGUAUCUGAAGUGGAGCAGGGUAGGAUUCUCAGAAACUUCCCUUUCGCUGUGGGUGAACUCCCGUUUCGUUACUUGGGUCUUCCCUUGAUGACUAAGGCCAUGAGGAGGCAAUAUUAUAUGCCACUGCUGGAGAAAAUUAGAAGUCGCAUAUGUUCUUGGACUAGCCGCUUUCUCUCGUAUGCAGGACGACUGCAGCUUAUCAGAUCGGUUUUGAUGAGUAUUGUAAACUUCUGGGGAGCGGCUUUCAGAUUACCUGGCCAAUGCACCAAGGAGAUUGAACAACUCUGUUCAGCUUUUCUCUAG